UAAUAUUUAAUCUUCCGCCUGAUUGCGAGAUUGAGAUGUUUCGUCUGAUAACUCGUCGUAUCCACCUCUCCUCCACCCCCUCAUCAUCCCUGCGUUUCAAACAGGGCUUUGCACUCAGCUCAAGAAAAAUGGCAACCUCUAACACUCCAGACUUCAACAAAGUCCUGUAUGCACCUCUGUCAGAGAUUGAUCCUCAAGUGCAGAACAUCAUCGACAAGGAAACUUGGAGGCAGUUUUCCGGACUCGAGCUUAUCGCAUCUGAGAACCUGACCAGUCGCGCAACUCUCGAGGCAAAUGGUUCAAUACUGACUAACAAGUACUCGGAGGGUCUUCCAAAUGCCCGUUACUAUGGUGGUAAUGAGCACAUUGACGAGCUCGAGAUUCUUUGCCGCAAACGGGCCCUUGAAGCCUUCAACCUCGACCCUGCAAAAUGGGGUGUAAACGUCCAGCCCUACUCUGGUUCUACUGCCAACUUUGCAGCCUUGACCGCCCUCCUUCAGCCUCAGGACCGUUUGAUGGGUCUUGGGCUCCCUGAUGGUGGACAUCUCACACAUGGUUACUAUACUGCCAAAAAGAAGAUGACCGCUUCUUCAAUAUACUUCCAGUCUUUCCCUUAUGCCGUUGAUCCCUCAACACAACUUAUCGACUAUGCAGGCCUUGCACGGCAAGCAAAAAUUUUCAAGCCCAGACUAAUCAUCUGUGGUGCCUCUGCUUAUCCCCGUGAUUGGGACUAUGCUGCCUUGAAGAAGACUGCAGACACAGAAGGCGCAUAUCUCAUGGCUGAUAUUGCACACACCAGCGGUCUUGUCGCAGCACAAACACUGAAUGACCCAUUCGAGUAUUGUGACAUUGUUACCACGACGACCCACAAGACCCUCCGCGGCCCUCGCGCUGGCCUCAUCUUUUUCAAAAAAGACGGACCCAACAGCCAGGAUCUUGAGAAGCGCGUUAACGACGCAGUUUUCCCUGCUUGUCAGGGCGGCCCUCACAAUAACACUAUUGCCGCUGUCGCCACUGCCCUUUUGCAGGUAUCCCAGCCCUCAUUCAAGGCCUAUGCCAAACAGGUCAUUGCCAAUGCGCAGACACUUGCAUCUGCCCUUCAUGGGCACGGAUACCAACUCCAGACUGGAGGUACUGACAACCACCUUGUUCUGUGGGACCUUCGUCCUCUUGGUUUGACUGGCAGCAAAGUCGAGAAGGUAUGCGACCUGCUCGGCAUUACCAUCAACAAAAACGCAGUCUCUGGCGAUGCAUCAGCCCAGACUCCUGGCGGUAUCCGUCUCGGCACAUCGGCACUCACUUCCCGUGACAUGACCGAGGAGGACAUCAAGGUCGUCGCUGGCUUCCUGCACCGGGCUGUGCAGCUCUCGCUCUUCCUUCAAAAGGAGGCUGGCUCCAAGCUUCUCAAGGAUUUCAUCCGCGCUGCAACGACGAAGGGCUCAGCAGGUGCAGCACAGGUACACGAUCUCCGCAAAGAUGUCGUUGAGUUCGCACGGAGGUGGCCGCUCCCUGGUGCCGAUAUCCGCACGAUUCAGCGUCCGGCGGGUAUUGAGGAGGACUUUUAGGUGUUGACGUGCGGGGUGUUAGAGGCGUGUUCAAAAGAUUCAACGGUCACUUGUUGCACAGCGUGGGCAUUCAACAUCGUUCACAUCAGCGUGGACAUUCAACAUAGUCUACAUCUGACAAUGUAUCAAUAGCUACAGCGUAUUAUGAUUAUUUCAGUUCCUCGCUAUCUUC